UAUGCUCUAAAUUAAUGCCCUUCACUUCCUUCAGUUUGCCGCCCAUUUAAUUGGCAGGGAGAGGGAGAUGAUGAAAGCCUUUCCUUGACAGAGAUAUCACAGAGAUAUAUAUCUAUAUCCAAUAAAGUGCUUUUAUUGCGCAAAAGGAAGUGGGCUCACUGAAUGAGAGCAAACAGCUACUGAACAGCUGAUCAUCAGCAUAUGGCAUGGGAAAGUGGGGCCACCGACAAAACGGUGAAACAAAUUUUGCAACUACCCAAACAUAUAUGUUAUAAGACGCGCCCAAGUCAAGGAACAUGCUAUGUUUCCGUCAUCCAAGUUUGAUGAAGACUCAUAUGGUAGUGGGGGGAGAUAUAUGGCAAGGGCCAAGCAGUUUCGUGGAGGAGAUUGCAAGGGAUAGCGAGAGAGAGAGAGAGAGAGAGAGAUGAAGACGGAGGGCCAGAAUUUGACUGGUGAAUAGUGUGUUUUUGACGAUGGAGCCAAAGUUGGAAUGACUCAAGCACAACCAUUCCUUCUUCUUUGGUGGUCACAGAAUAGAACAAUGCCGUAAGAGUAAUCAAAUUCAGAACGACAACAUAUGCUGUUUAUUUUGAUUCAAAUUCUGAUAGACUGCUUUGAGAAGCCAUGGGUGUGGUUUCGUGGGAAAGAUGGAAAAGUUGGCUGUGUCCAAAAUACAUGUGCCCACAGAUCUUGUUCUCUUCAUCUUGGUUCUGUAGUUGAUGGAAAUAUCCAGUGCCCUUACCAUGGUUAGUACAGUGGAAGAAACUAUAUUAAACUUUCCUUAGUGGAAACUCAAUCAGCUUCGAGUAAUUCUUAUUUUGCAAUACAUCUGUCCAGACUAACUUGAAGCUUUUCUGUUGAUAGUUUGAGAAAAUUUCUAAAAAUUCUCAAGUACAUAGUUGAAAGUGCGACAUGUUUAUCGUGCAUUUGCUGAAGUUCUUGUUAAGACAGGACCCAACUUUCUUCUGUUGACUAAGCAAUCGGUUUGCCUUAGGUUGGGAGUUUCAACUGAUCGCAAAUGUCAGAAAAUGCCAUCAGCAAGGUUGCUGGAUAUACGAAUAAGAUCCCUACCAUGCUUUGAACAGGAUGGAUUUGUGUGGAUCAGGCCUGGAGAUGCACCUCCUGCAGCCACCCUUCCUUCUUUGAAACCUCCACCAAGAUUUGUGAUCCAUGCGGAGUUAAUGGUCUACCAUACUGUAGGAUUGUCUGCACAUUGCCAAAUAACAAUGGGGAUACCUAUUGAGCAUGGGCUGCCUAUAGACAAUCUUUUGGAUAUUGCACAUGCACCAUUCACUCACACAUCUACCUUUGCAAAAGGAUGCAGCGUACCAAGCCUAGUGAAGUUCCUAACACCAGAAAAUGGACUACAAGGGCAUUGGGACCCAUAUCCAAUUGACAUGGAGUUCGGGCCACCUUGUAUGGUAAUAUCAGCCAUCGGAAUUUCUAAGCCAGGGAGCUUAGAGGGACAGAACACGAGGCAGUGCUCCACCCAUCUACAUCAACUCCACGUGUGUCUUCCUUCAACAAGGCAGAAAACAAGACUUUUAUAUAGGAUGUCUUUUGAUUUUGCUCCAUUUCUCCAACACCUCCCCUUCAUGCAAAUUCUGUGGAGGCAUUUUGCAGAAAAGGUGAAUGAUGAAUGA